AUGGCACCUCCUCUUCCUCAAAGCUUGACCCAUUUGGGAGUUUCAUCAAACACUGUACCUCCUAGCAUAAACGCUGAUGAUCAUCAUCACUACCAUAAUUACUAUGGUGCCAUUAACAAUGAUAAUAUUUUUCCUCAUUUCCUUCAUUCUUCUAGAGAAGAUAUAGUAGCGCCGCCGAUGAAGAAAGAUCGGCACAGCAAGAUCUUCACUGCUCAGGGCUUGAGGGACCGGAGGGUUAGACUGUCCAUCAAUGUUGCCCGUCAAUUCUUUGACCUCCAAGACCUGCUAGGGUUUGACAAGGCAAGUAAAACCCUAGAAUGGCUUCUCACCAAGUCAAGAAGGGCCAUCAAACAGCUUGGGACUCGGAACAAACACUUGACCUGCAGUACUAGUACUGGGCGUUCCAAGAGUUUGACUUCGAGUUCAGAGUGUGAUGACGAUGACGUCGAUUCAGACACCAACGAGGUGGAAAACGUAGCAAGCAAAGAAAAAGAGAUCUAUAUUGAGCCACCUGAUCCACUGUGUUUUACAGUUGGCCAGGAGUUACAAGAAUGA